AUGAAUCAAAAUGGUAUAGCAACUGAGGAAGAAUAUCCAUUCAAAAAAGAGGACGGGGAAUGUCGGGAACAUUUAGCUCGAAAAGAAUUUGCAAUGAAGAAAUUCAUCGUCCUUCCCGAAGGAGACGAAGAAAUAGUGAAACUAGCUCUCUUCAGAAUUGGGCCGCUUGCAAUUGCAAUAGAUGGUGAUCUUGAAACAUUCGAAGAUUUUAGGGGUGAUGGAAUAUAUGACGAUCCGAGAUGCAAAUCGAAGAACGUAACUCACUCUGCACUUUUAGUAGGCUAUGGUACUGACGGUGGAGUUGACUAUUGGUUGGUAAAGAAUAAGUAAGAAAUUAAGAUCAACUUAAACGAACAGUUGGAUGCUUGAUUACACCAUCUAAAUUGGAUCAGUAUCGUAAACUUAAAUCUAUUACAUUUUUAAGCCGUA